AUGGAAGCGGUCGCGGAGGAAGUGGACGUAGAGUCUAUUGACUUGACGUCGUGGGAACACUCCAAUGACAGGCCGUCCAGCAACAGAGCGAGCGGCGUCAGAGCUCUCAGCGGCCGGAGGGGGAUCCUCAACCGAAUCGGGUUACGUAACUCGAUCAAUUUCAACCUCUAUUUUGGGAUGUCUUGCCCGCAAUUCUUGUUUUGUUUAGACAGUCAGCCGCAUCUUACCAGAUGA